UGUGGUUGGCGAAGGCGACACAAGUCCGUGUGCGGCAAAUUCUCGAUUCUCGAUUCUCCGUUCUCGAUUUUUCCACUCCAAAUUUGCUCCAGUCCCGAGUCCUGAAAAUCGCGAUAGAACCGAGGACAUUCGUGCGUAAGCGCGAGUGUAUGCGAGUGUUUCAUUUGCGAGAGUUUGUGAUUGUGUUUGUGCGGAGCAGCUGCAGUGUGAAAAUAAAAUUAUGAAUAAAAUGUAACCCACGAAAAAAAAAAAAAAACAAACAAACACAAAAUAUACUGCACCUGUGCGGAAGGGAAAACUAAUUUCCCCCAGUUGGAUUCUCCGAAUUCAUUUUCAUCAGGCAGCAGCGCUUCCCCUUUUCCCCAAACUUCGUUUGACAAAUUAAAAUGCAUAAAUUAUGAAUGAAAGUACCGUUACGUGCGUGACAACCAAUCAUUUGUUAUUAUUAUGCACGUGGGCCAGCCAAACAAAAACAGUGUGAGAGCAAAAGCUAAACUUGGCUAAAACACCGCCACCACCCCAAAAAUUUCCACCCACUGAGCUCUCAGCCGGUGCGGGAGACAUUCUUUAAAGUUCUUUGCAAAAAAAUAGAGCAAAACAAAAUACAAAGAAAAGGCAUCGUCAGCAGUGGAAAUAGCAGCAAUAAAUUGUCUCCGGAAAGUUUUGCUGAUGCUUCAAUUAAAUUCAGUGCGUUAGCAGAAACAGAAAAAAUAACAAAACAGGAAACUAAACCGACAUAGGAAGCGAAACUGGGGAGACAAAUACAAAUAGUGGCAGGAUAUAACAUGUAAAUGUGACUGCCCAUAGAAGUCUCUAUGUGGACAAAUGCUUAAUAGGAAAAGCAAAUAGCAACGAGCUCAUGGAAAAUAAAUAUAAAUAAGCCAACGACAACGACAAGCCGAGCAACAAAAAAAGCAUUUCGUUGACGCUUUCCCUCGUUGGCGGUCAAGGAAAAUUUAUUGCAUUGCACAAAUGAGACGAGGAGAAAACGCAAACGAAGCAAAAGCAAACAUAGAAAAGCGCGAGCAUGGACAAGAAAAAUAACCGAAAAUUCCGAAACAAAUUGAAAAAUUAAAGUUUGAGCAGAAAAAACUAGCACGAAGGAAAAUAUAUAGAACGAAAGGACACGCAGCAUGGAUCCCCCAAUAUACAAACGAUAUUCCCUCGCUUCUGGCAUCCUCUCAUUUUUGUUGCUCCAACUUUGCUACGAAUCCACGGAAUGCCUAACAAUGACGGAAAUCAAAAUCCCCAAGCACAUUAUGCGCCAUGAGGACGCCAUUCUCGGCUGCAAGUUCGAUCUCGACGGGGAGUCACUCUACUCGGUGAAGUGGUACAAGGAUGGCUUCGAGUUCUAUCGCUACGUGCCCCGGGACAUGCCACCGGGCCAGGUUUUUCCCUUGCCAGGGGUCGAUGUUGAGUUGCAAAACUCAACGGACGUGGUUGUUGUCCUGCGCUCAGUUAGCCUUCAGUCAACUGGCCGAUAUCGCUGCGAAGUGUCCGGCGAGGCGCCUUCGUUUCAGACGGUUUCCGGUCACGAGGACAUGAUUGUUGUGGUAACUCCGAAGCACGGGCCACAAAUCACGGGCGGACAGCCGCGGUACCAAAUUGGCGACAUGGUGCGCGUCAAUUGCACCUCGGCGGCAUCGAGGCCUGUUUGCCAUCUCAGCUGGCUGAUUAACGGGAUGCACGCCAAUCGCUCGCUGCUGCGACCUUAUGAACCCCUCGUUGUGGGUCGCGAAGGGUUGGAGGUCGCCCGAUUGGGCCUGGAGUUCCGGGUGCGCGGAUGACAUUUCAAGCACGGCGACAUGAAGCUAAAGUGUGUCGCCAAAAUCUCAUCCGUGUACUGGCAGAGCAACGAGGAGAGUGUGGAGAGUGACAAGCACCAAAGGAUUCCGGUCCUGGAGUCGCGGGAGACGGUCAAGUCCCGCCAGUCCAUGGACAAGGCCCAGUCCUCGCUCGAAGACAAACAACUGAAGAAGAGCCGACGCCCUGCAGCGGCAACUUCGGCGGCUGCUGCGGCGGCAGCAGCAGCGGCAGCAGCCUCGUCCAGUGCAACGGCAACUGUGGCGCCAUUUGGGGCGAUCUGGGGCUCAUCGGCGCCCUGGUCACGCAUAUUAGCUUCCAAAUCAAUUGCACGCAUUUCCCUCUACGCGCUGCCAGUCUUAAUAGCGUUUCUGUGUAGCUCUCGACCGGCAGUCGAGGGGAGUUGCUGUCAGAGGAACAAUGGCAACCGUGGCAGCAGCAGCAGCAGCAGCAACAACAACAGCAACAUCAGCAGCAGCAGCAGCAACAUAAGCAGCGGCAACGCAAACGGGAGCCGCCUGUCGAGCCAAUUAGGCUCCAAGGAGGCGACUGCUCGGCGUAGAUAACAAUUAACCAGCGAGCAAAUGAACAGUCGUGGCAUCAAAAGAGGCAGCUACACGGCCUAAAAUCCCAUUAGGCUCUUUGUAAAUAUUUCAAGUUUUUGUCACAUCAAGUAUACGCCGCGUGGGCGGCUCGCUUAACUAGUGUAUGUACAUAUCCAUAUAUUUACUGUAUUUAUAUCACACAUUUAUUAGCAAAGCAUUGAAAUGUCGUUGUUCCUCUCUGGGCUUACUUUGCUUGUCGGUCUUAGGGAAAAUGCUCAAAGUUGUUGGCUAUGAAAUUGCUAAGGGAAAAUGAGAAAGAAAAUAAACAUUUUCAAUAGUACGCAUAACUGUAUAGAUAAAUUAACUCAAGUAAGUAGCCAAAGCUGUAAAUUUUAAGAGUUAAUCUUAAGAUAUUUUAGUUCUAAGAAAACAACUGUAAAAGUUAAAUCAAUAGAGGAAAAACAAAAAAUUAACGAGUUAGGAACUUGAUUUUAUUUCAAACCUAGCAAAUAAUCUAGCCAACAAAACCCUAGAAUAAAAUGUAAUUCGUUCAUGUUUAAAUAAAAUUAAUAUCAAACAAA